AUGGCUACGCAUUCAAAGUCUGAUGAACUUGAACCACUUUUAUCACCAACUUCCCCAACUUCCCCAACUUCCCCAACUCCUCCAACUCUUAGAAAAAAAGAAACCCAAAAAGUAUGGUAUAAAACAGCUUCAGCUUAUUGGCUAUUACCAUCAUUUAUGCUAAUAGCUAUAAUAAAUGGAUUAGGCAUAACCGUAAAAAUACAAUUUUAUUUAAGGGCUGUAUGUUAUGAUUAUUAUUCAAACAAAAGUCAAUUCAUUUCUACUUCUUUUUUACUUAACCCAAUUAAUGAUUACCCUGAUGAAUGGUGUAAUAAUGCUGAUGUGCAAGCCAUGACUUCUCGAUUUCUCUUGAUUUUGGAUUUAUGUUCUGCUGUUCCAGCGAUAUUUGUUCUUGCACCUCUUGGAUUAUUAUCAGACAUAAAAGGACGUAAAAUAUGUUUAUUAAUAGCAGUCGCAGGAUCAAUAUUGACCACAUUAAAUAUAUUAUUGGUCGGAAACUAUAUAGAUACGUUUGGAAUAUACUUUUUAUUAGUAGGUGCAUUAUUUGAUGGAAUUACUGGCGGAUUAUUAUCAUUAAUCUCGGCAAGUUACGCAUAUGCGACUGAUUGUACCUCUCCAACACAAAGGAGUGUGAUAUUUGGAUGGAUGCAAGGAGCAUUUUUUGCAGGAUUUAUAGGACCAACGAUAGGAGGAUGGAUAAUAGAAUUAACAGAUAAUUUACUUUCAGUAUUUUAUGUAAUGAUCGCGGUAUAUAUUAUGACAUUUUUUUAUUUUCUUUUUAUUUUACCUGAAUCUUUAACAAAAGAAAAAUUAUCGGAAAAUUUAAAACGUCAACAAGAAUCAAAUUCAACAUUUGAUAGGAAUCAAUUAUUUAAAUCAUGGAUAAUUUAUAGUAUUAUAAAACCUUUAACUAUAUUAUUUGAAAAAAAUAAUAGAAAUAAUAAUAAUAAUGAUGAUUUUUUUACAAAAUAUUCAUUAUUAAUAUUAGCUUCUAUUAAUACUUUAUUAACAACUGCUAUAAUGGGUAUACAGGCUAUAUUUUUAUUAUAUGUAACUUUGGUAUUUAAAUGGUCAUUAGUUGAUCAAGGUUAUUAUUUUAUUAUACUUGGUGUUUCAAGAGUAAUAGUUUUAUUUAUCUUAUUCCCUUUAUUAAUAUCAAAUAUCAAAAAGAAUAUUUUUUUAAAUAAUAUAAAAAAUAAUGUUCAAAUUAAUAUUGAUAAUAAUAAUGAUGAUGAACCAAUUCCUAUUGAGGAUAAUGAAGAAAAACAUUUAAGAAAAUAUGAAGUUUGGAUUCUUAGAUUUGCAUUAUUUAUUGAUGUGCUUGCUUAUGCCGGGUAUGGUUUAGCAACUUCCAGUUCUAUGUUCGUCGUAGCGUCAGUAAUAGCUUCAUUAGGUAGUGUUUCUGGUUCGGUAAUAAAAUCACUACAAACAAAUUUAGUAGCUCCAUCUCAAAUAGGUCAAUUAUUAGGCGCAUUAUGUGUAUUAGAUUCAAUCGGUCGUAUAAUUUCCCCUGUUGUAUUUAAUGCUUUAUAUUCUAUAUUGGUUGUAACUUCUCCUCAUUUAAUUUGGUAUGGUGUAACUUUUCUAAUAGCAGCUGCUUUUUUAUUAUCUUUCGGUAUAGUUCCAAAGUACAACUAA